AUUAAUGUAUCUCAACCUCAACUGUCAUUAUCAUAUGAUUUGUUUGGGUGUGUGGUGGUUAAAGUUAGUAGUAAAAUGAUCUUUUUCAUGUCAUUAGCAUUUUUACUCAUUUCUACGGUUCACGGGGCUGGAGAAUUCUCAGUGAUUCAUCAUGCACCUAGUCUUCUUUUCAAAGGUCAUGAAGCAUUAAGAGAGAGUACUCUUAAAGAAGUCUAUGCAGCUUCAUUGGGUUUCUCUACUGAACAUUUUUCUACAUGGAGAGGUAUGUACUUAUUGGAUCCAUUUGAUGUGGCUCAAGCAAUAGUUACCGUUUAUGUUGAUGGAGUGUCUAAUAUCGACCAUCAGAAAGGACACAGGUUCCCUCUCAAGACUGAUAUAGGCGAAUCUAACAUCUUUGAAAAUUUGGAGAGACGAAUAGAUGAACAUUAUCCUGAAGAGAAAACUAAUUUAGUCAGGAUUGAACUCUCCAAUGGAUUAGAAGAUGUUCGCAAAUAUUCAGUUUUUGAAGACAUUGGGUCAAGCAAAAUUGAACAAAUUAAGCACAGAGUUUUGAGAUUAGAUUUGGAGGAAGAUAGAAGAUUUAUUAAAGAAAUGACUUUGUUGAAUGCUAUUGCUAAAGAAGUUAAAAAAGGCACUAUUACAAAAGAUAAUGUUCCUGAUGUAUUUUGGUUUGAAGUUUCUGGUCUUCAUGCACUUAUCGAUCUAUAUGGAGACAAUUCCACUCAAGUAAUAGAAGCUAAACAAAUUUUGCAUGAAGUUAUCUUGAGACUUAACACUGCAUUUGUUAAAUUAUAUGAUGGAUUUGUACUCACUACUGUUAUAACUAGCGAUGCCAGCCAUACUAGGAGAGGAAGGAGUGUUCUUGCAAGUGGUAGUGACUCGAGUGACAAAACUGAAUAUAACUUGGCGUCUUACUACAACCCGGAUUUCCCUGUUAUGUUCAACAUUAUUCUUUGGUUUGGAGUAGUUAUGCUAUUUUCUAUCAUUGCUAUAUGUAUGGCUAUUGGUAACAUGGAUCCUGGUCGUGAUUCCAUAAUUUACCGUAUGACAAGUACCAGAAUGAAGAAGGACAAUUAAAUAUGUUUCAUUCUGUUUUUUCAAGGUUCAGUUAGAAAUACAGAAGUUUUCCGUUAUUUAAGUUGAAAUGUUAUAAAAAUAGUUUCCACCUUGGAUUAGAAAUUUUUCAUUCUAUUUUCAACUGAACACUGAGAAAUAAAUUCCUUGCGUGGAAUAUUUCAUUGUUUGUAGUGUAUUGUGUAAAACAAAUUCAAGUGAUUCAAAAAAUAUUUAUAAAUGUUCAAACUAUACUGAUAUUUCUCAAAUAGAAAUUAUCCCUAAAUCCUUCAAAAAUGAUAAGUAUAUAUAUUAUACCAUUGGUUUAUGCAUCUUUGCUAGCAUUAUAAUAAAGACAGUAUUUUAUUGUUUUGUUUUAGUGAAAUUAUACUUUGUUAUGUACAUAAAGAACAAAAAAACUAUUGUACAUUUUGAGUUUGAGGCACAUUCCCUUGUAAAUAGAAAUAUAAUAAAAA